AAUAAUAAAUAAUCAUCAUGUCUGGAAAAGGUAAACAAAAUUCAAAAAAAGCCAUGGUUAAAUCUGGUACCUCUCGAGAGAGUGGAGGUAAACUGUCUCAACAGUUGCAACAACCAAGUACUCCUUUGGCAACAGAUCAUUCCAGUUCUGACAGUUCAGAAGCUACAAUAACAUUACCUGUUAUUAAGAUGAUAGACAACAGUAAACUUCUUCCACGUUAUACCAGCAUUCUUGAGCGAACUGCUGAAGAAGGAAUCACUAUGGAAGAUUUGGAUAUACUACAAAAUGAAUUAGAAACAUUAUUAUCGGCUACUGUUGUGCGUUCUAGGCUGAUAAAUGAAGAAAUCAUCAAUCUCAAUGUUUCAGAAGAAAAAAGGGACAAAAGAUCAAAGGCUAGUAAAAGUUUAACUUUGGUUGAUAAAAAAUCAAGAGAUGAAAAACUCAAACCCAAAGAACUUGGUUUAAAGUCACAUUCACCAUUACCUACAAAGUUGAUGAAACAGAGAGCUGCUGGCAGUUCAGCUACUCAAGUAGUACCAAAUCCUCAUGAAAUUGUAAGAGUAGAAGGUUCUAAGUUGGAUGGGAAAUCUUUACUACCAAAAAAUGACACUUUAAAUAAAUUUUGGGCUUCGGUCGAACCAUAUUGUGGUGAUAUUACAUCAGAAGAUAUAAAAUUAUUGCAAGAUCUCAUUGCUCAUCAUAGUGAUCUUGGGGAAUUUAAAAAAAUUCCGCCUCUUGGCAGGCAUUACACUAUGGUGUGGGCUGAACAAGAACUCAUGCAAGAGGAAGAAGCAGGAAGAGAUCCCAAUAAUACAGAAAAGAAAAAACAGAGUGAUGUGACUCGACUGCUGUCAAAAGUGGACAAAAAAAGUAAUGGAAUAUCAGGACCUUUAACUCAAAGACUUGUAUCUGCUCUACUAGAAGAAAAUGUUUAUGUGGCAAAUAAUAAUGCAGAUAAUAAAUUAUUCAGAGAUGGCGAUCCCCCAGUAUUACGUGAUUUAUCUAUUCAAAAUUCAAUGAAUCUGGAAAUGCGGAUGCAUAAAGAAUUGGUUGAACAAGGUAUUCUUGAUGCUGAACCCCAAAAAAAAAAUCCAGAAGAAGAUGAAAUUCUUAUGGAAAUUAAAAGAUGCCAGAGAGAAUUAAUAGCAUUGUCUAGUCACAAUGAACAACAAUUAAAAAAACUGUUACAUCACGCUAAAGAUGAAUGCAAAAGACAAGAACUAAAACGUAAAAUAUCAACUGUUGACAAUGAAGUUGUAGAAAAUUAUACAAAACUUGUUGCAGCAAAACAAAGAAAAGUACCACUGACUAAAAAAGAUCAAGAAAAGGCAUGGGCCAGUCUCAAAGAAAGAGAACAACUUUUAGAACAAUUGAAUUCUAUGCCUCCAAAUGAUAUUGGAGAACCUGUAGUAGUAAAACCUAAUCUUGAUACUCAAUGUUAGUGUUUUCACAAUAUAGUGCCACUUAAAUAUCAAUUAAUUAUUAUCAAAUUUGAUUUUAUUUGGUUCACUAAAAUAUUAAUGUACAUUUGUAAUAAGAUUCUUAUUGUAGAUUUUGAAUAAUGAGCUAUAUCUAAUGAUUGCAAUGAACAUUCAUUGUCAAAAAUUAAAAAAUAACAUUUUUCAUAAACUACUUUGCAUUUUUUGAGUUAAAAAAAUGUCUAUUCCUAGUUUUAAAUACGCACUGAACUAAAUCUUUCUAGUCUGUGCUAAGAGUUAUAUGAAAAAAGUAUUUCAUGUACUAAAAGUGAAUCAUAAAUCAUUCACUUCAAAUGAAAGUUUCAUUUUUAUAUAAUGCUAAUAAAAUGAAACAUGUAUAUUUUUGACACUUAAUAAUUUUGGCCAAUUUGAGAUCAAUGUUAAUUUGCUUACAUACUCCCAAAUGACGCAUUUUUUUACUGCAAGGUAUUAUGAGUAACGCAGUAUGUAUUAAAAAUUAGGCAUUUUAGAAUUUAUGUUUUUUUAUAAAUGAAGAAAAUUCAGAUUAUGAAAUAAAAAUAAUAACUUCAAAAUGAAUGGAUAACUUUCUCAAUCUAUAUUUUCCUACUUAUUUUACUACUUACAAGUAGUAUGCUGUUAAAAAAAUUUACAUGAAACUUUAUAUGUUAUUCAAUCAAAUAUAUUCAGAAUUGCAUUAUACUAAGACUAAAAUAAAACGAAAUUUUUUUUUAAAUUAUUUUAAUGCAACCCCUGUUUAAAAAAAAUC